AUGGUUUCUGCUCCCACUGCCCCAGCUCUCUGCAAAGGACUAUGGGUCACUGUGAAACCCAGCUUCCAGAGCAAUGCUGCGGCUGAGAGGGUGAAGGUGUUCCUUGAAGUGUCAUCCCUCCCUCCUGGCACGGGCAGCCCAGGUCACACCAUCUCAUUCUGUUUCAGUUUUGGGGUGAACCUGCGGUGCGGGAACGGGGACAUCGCCUUCCACUUUAAUCCGCGUUUCAACGAGGGCCGCCCGGUGGUUGUGUGCAACACCGAGCAGAACGGCUGCUGGGGGGCGGAGGAAAGGACCUACCACAUGCCCUUCCAGCCAGGCAUCUACUUCGAAGUAAUCAUCAACGUCAGGGGCCACUGCUAUCAGGUCUCUGUGAAUGGUCAGCACUUCCUGGAGUACAGACACCGCCUUCCCCUUCAUACUGUCCAGAUCCUGGAGAUCAAAGGGGACGUGACUGUGAACUGCAUCAACUUCACAAGCCCCAGCAUCUCCAAUGUGUUUGCCCAGCCAGUCUUCGGAGCUCCAGCUCCCAGUAGGAAGAAAGUGAAGAACUUCCCAGGACAGGUGUCAGCUGCCUCGCACAACACUCCUAUGACCAUGACCAACCCUGUUGUCCCAUUCCAAGUGGCCAUCCCAGGGACUAUCUCCCGGGCCCGCAAGAUCACCAUUGUGGGGAACGUGCCUUUCCAUGCAAACAGCUUUCACGUCAAUCUGAAAAACAGCAUGACCGGCAACAUCGCCCUGCACAUCAACCCACGGCUGAGGGAGAGGGCGCUGGUUCGGAACACCCAAACGCACGGCACGUGGGGCUCAGAGGAGAGGCACCUCUCCACCCUGCCUUUCGCGCCAGGCCAGGCUUUCCAGAUGGAGAUAGUGAACACAAGGAGCUGCUACCAGGUCUCGGUGAACGGGCUGCGUGUAUUUGACUAUGUCCACCGCAUCCCUGCAAACCAGGUGGACCAGCUACAGAUAGCGGGGGAUGUGACACUCUCCUGUGUGCAGUACUGAUGGCCCCUCCUGGGCCACUAAGUUCUCACUAUUUGACUCAACCCACUGGGCUCAGUCUCAUCCUCCACUCCAGAGCCCUCUCAUCAUCUUCAUUCAACAGCUCCACUGCCAAGCCCGGAGAUCUCAGCCACCAAAUCUCACAUCGUACAGAAACGCUGAAGUCUCACUAUGGGGGUUGAGGGAGGGAAGGGCUUCUCUCAUUGUCUCUUCUUUGUCUAUCUGCAUUUCUGAUACUGUAGAUUAAAGCCGUGGUUCUCAACCUUUCCAGACUACUGUACCCCUUUCAGGAGUUUGAUUUGUCUUGUGUAUCACAAG